UGCCUCUGGCCUGAAAAAAUAAGAGUUCUGGCUAAGGAAAAUUAUUGUUCACAAAUAAUUUCAAAUAUGAAUAAUCCCAGUUUAUCGAACAUCCAAAAUGCAUUAGUAAAAUACCAAUAUACAUAUUAUGGUUCUCCAUCUCCUGAAAGCUGCCCACUCCCUCCAGCAACUUGGGGGCAAAAGAAUAACAACGCACCACUGGUCACAAGAGAAUCUAGAAUUAUUGUCGAAAGUCUAAUUAGCAAUUGGAACAAUCAGAAUGUUAAUCCUUUUCAAAAUACUCAGCAAAACUAUGGACAAUGUUUUAGCGUACAAGAUUACAAUGAUAUAAUAAGCAAGCAGUUGUCAGAGAUCUACAACUAUCAAUAUAAUCAAAGAAAUAAUUUGAAAAACUAUGACAAUUUAGGUUUUAAUCAAGAUAUGCAGAAUAAUUAUGUCUAUGGUUUCAAUGAAAGGACACACAAUUAUUGGAGCCAAAGUGAUGAGAUGAAUUACCAAAAUAGAUAUUUAUAUCACAAAGCCAAUGAUAGAAUGCAUUAUUAUGACAGGAACACUAUGGGAGAAAAAUUUCAUUGCAACACCUAUGGUAGAAUGGAUGGAUAUUAUGGGAACAACAUGGAAAGAAAUAUAAAUUUCAAUGCCUGUGAUCAAGUGAAUGAUUAUAACAGGAACAACAUGGAAAGAAGUGUAACUUUCAAUGCCUUUGAAAGAAUGGAUGGUUAUAACAGGAACAACUUCGAAAGAAAUGUAGAUUACAAUGCAUAUGAUAGAACGGUCGGUUACAACAGGAACAACAUGAAUGAACGACCAUUUGACCACCAAUUUAAUGGUGAAUUGACAAAUGGUUAUGAUCUCAAUGGCAGAUAUGAAAAUAGAAUCAACUGUUAUAACAAAGAUUAUUAUAAUAACUAUAAUUGGCGUAUGGACAAUCAGAACAGAAAAGAAUGCAAUAGAUAUGAAUGGAAAAGAGGCUAUUGUAACAAUUAUAAUCAUUUCAACACGAAAAGACCUAAGUGGAGGAACCAGAGAUAUAAACAGAAGAAUGGGCACCAAUGUUCAAAGUGCAAUAAAACGUUUCAUAACCGAAGUCAAAUGAGAUUGCAUGAAAGAACUCAUAGGACACCGUCCCCCAUAGAACAAACUGAUGUUCAAAAGUCAAACGGCUGUGAUAAUAUCAAGAAAGAGGUGAGCAGUUGCAACAGUUUUCAGUUUAUGAACGGGAGGCCAUCUUCACAUUCAACUCCCAGAGACUUGGAAUUGUCGAAUGAAGAGAAAAUGUUUAAAUGUCCCCAUUGCCCAAAGAGCUUUGCAAAAAGUAGCGAAAUGAGCCGGCAUUUGAAUAUUCAUACACCUGGUAUAGAGUAUGUUUGCAAAGUCUGCUCCUCGGUUUAUUUCACUGAAACUCAGCUGAAGUUUCAUGAAUUGAUUCAUUCUCAGGAUAAUAACAACAAUAAACCACUAAAUGCUAUGAAAUGAAUCGAGUUGGUUUUUUUCGUAUUGUGACAAAAUGGACAUAAAGCCAUUAUUUUAUUUAAUUUGGUACACUUUUUUAAAUUAAACAAUUUAUUAAAUAUAUUUUUUUGAGAA